UCAUGUGACCGACCAUUUAGCCUUCAUUGACCUGGCAUUGCUCCUCUAUUUACUAUAAAUUAAAACUACUACCCCUUUUGCUGAUCAAAACAACUAACUCAAAAAAUUGACUCUUCAAAAAGAGCAAAAGAAAUAAUGGCGACAGAACUUGAAAUUACUGAGCUAAGAUUGGGAAUUCCAGGGGAAAAGAAAAGGGUGUUUUCAGAGAUUGACAAUGAUCGAAGUAGCAGCAACGUUAACGACGAUGAUGAUGUUAAGUGUCACAACAAAAACCAAGUUGUUGGUUGGCCGCCGGUUUGUGCUUAUCGGAGAAAGAAUUAUAGCUUUAAUAAUAUUUGUGAAGGAUCGAAAAUGUACGUGAAAGUUAGCUUAGAUGGUGUCCCUUUUCUUAGAAAAGUUGAUUUGGGAACUCAAAAGGACUACUCUGAAUUUGUGAUGAAUCUUGAAAAGCUCUUUGGUUGCUAUGGCAUUUGCGAAGCGGUGAAAGAUGGAGACAGUUCAGAGUACAUUCCUAUAUACGAGGACAAAGAUGGAGACUGGAUGCUUCUCGGCGACGUUCCCUGGGA